GGUGCCUUGGUCCUCAAAGCUCUCAGGGAGACUUUAGCCUUGAGAAGUCUGGGGCCAUGGGGCCUGGGGCAGAGGGCUGGGACCAACUUUUGCUGACUAUGGCCACUGCUCUGAUGAUACCCCUCCGCCCCUCUGCAGGCUCCUGGGGGGCUAGGAUCAUUGGGGGCCGAGAGGUGACCCCGCACUCCCGUCCCUACAUGGCAUCGGUGAGCUUUGAGGGCCAGCAUCACUGCGGUGGCUUCCUGCUCCGUGCCCGCUGGGUGGUCUCAGCUGCCCACUGCCUCAUUGACAGAGACCCACGAACAGUCCGGGUGGUGCUGGGGGCUCACAACAUUCGCACCUCGGAGCCCACCCAGCAGGUGUUCAGCGUCUCAGCUGUCGUCAGGCACCCUGACUACCAGCCCACAACCCACGCCAAUGACAUCUGCCUGCUGCAGCUGAACAGCUCUGCCAUCCUGGGUCCUGCAGUGGGGCUGCUGAGGCUGCCCCAAAGGGGCACCAGGCCACCCAGGGCCGGGACGAGGUGCCAUGUGGCCGGCUGGGGCUCUGUGUCCAACUUUGAGGACUUGCCACCUGGGCUGAUGGAGGCCGAGGUCCGCAUGCUGGGCCUGGACGUCUGCAAUAGCUCCUGGAAGGGCCAGCUCAGCCCUGCCAUGGUCUGCACCCAGAGUGGGGACCGACGGCGGCGAGGCUUCUGCUCGGCGGACUCCGGGGGGCCCCUGGUGUGCAGGAACCUGGCCCAUGGCCUCGUUUCCUUCUCUGGCCUCUGGUGUGGCGACCCCAAGACCCCAGAUGUAUACACACAGGUGUCUGCUUUCGUGACCUGGAUCUGGGGUGUGGUUCGGCAGCGACCCCACAGCCCCCAACUCAGCUCCUCACCCAGGACCACUGGGGCCCCCACAGGAGCUUCCUGAACCACAGCAGCACGGUGUACCCAAAUGAGAUGACAACCGAUGCAAACAGUUCUGGCCUGGAAGAUUCUAUGGCUGGGGCAGGGGGUCCACAGAACCUUCCAGGGAGC